CAACUGGAAUUUCUUGCUUAGUUUUUAUGGGGAGAGGAAAAGAAGGGAUUCUCCCCCCGCCCCCUUCUUUACCUCCGAGGUUAUUCCUCAGGGUUGAGUAAACUGAUAGUUACUGAACUCGUCUAAAAGCAAGCUGAAGAAAAUAAAGUGUUUUAGCAGCUUUUCUAAAAGCAGAGUUACCGCAGCCCUUUCCUGGUACUUAGGCAGUGAUUUAACUUCUUUAAUCGUUCUUCAAAGCUGAACUUGAGCAUGAUUUUUGAAUGGCAACGAGGAAGGUGAUGACAUGGGCUGGUGUAUGUGUGCUUUACCUGCUACAGACCAGAAAGUAAAGCUAAGAUUGCUGUUUUCCCUUGUGACUUGGGGAGUUUUCUACUUUAUUGAUUCAAAUUUGUCAUUUGGUGACAUGUGGGGGAGGAGCUGCUUUUAUUGUGGUUGAAAAGGAUUGUCAGGAGCACUUAGAGCAUAAAAUAGAUCUUACAGUAAAAACAUACUGCAGUUCAAUUCUCCCUUUUUAGAUAGAGGAAGGUUAUCUGUGGUGACUGUUCCUGAAGCAGUUUUUCUCCCCACAAAUGACUUGCCUGCUGCUUUGCCAACAGCAAUGAUGUUAGCAGCUUUUUUUUUUUUUUUUUACUGGCUCAAUAAAAUGAGGAUUUAAUUUUCAAUUGCUAUUCCAUGGUAGCAGCUGUAGUUGCCACACAUAUGCCCCUUCUACUGUAAAAUGGAGAGUAAAGGAGGUUCUCCUCUAAAUCCUGGGCAAAGCUGUGACAGUUUUUGUUAGGGUCUUAAGACACUGAACUCUCUUCCUACUUGGGUUUGUCUUAGGUGCUGAGGAGUCUUUUUUUCAAACUGGGAUGUGGGUGACAAGGGGGCUGCACAGUUCCCCUCUCCCACCAGCGGAUAGGUGGUGCGAGCUGCUUUGCAAGGUAGUAAGGGGAGAAAGAAGAUCACAGACUACAGCCUCCUUAGCAAAUUCACUUGUACCUGCUCCACAUUAAGAUCUGAAAAGAGGACCAGUUACACUCCUCCUAGCCAUCUCCUGCUAAACAGGAUAUCAGCACGUCAUCAGGUGGUUCUCAAGAUUUUGUAAGCAUCAGAGCAAAGAUUUUCAAGGCAGAGAGUGAAUUUAGAGGUGGGAGGAUUUGUCUUUGCCAAAGGAAGGCUCUUUUCAACAUAAGGGACAUAAUGGAUAAGGUGAUAAUGGAGGAAAAGUUCUGCAGGCUGAUUAGGGGAGUCAGCCCUUCUCCUGGCUGUCUUGUUCAGUAUUAAGAGGUUGAGGUCGUGAAGCACAAAUAAUUGAGAUGGAGGAGAAGAGUCAGGGAAAGGGUUACUGUGCUCAGGGUGGCAAGCUAAAAAUACGUUCUUUGCAGCUGUGUUGUAUGUAGGGCAGAGUUGAGCGGGUUUGUAGGGUAAAAGCGAUUGCAAAACUGAGCUGCAGGUCUGAACAAGGGCUCUGGGUCUGAGGGAACACUGCCUGGGAAACGGUGGAAGUACUUGGUUGAGGGAGUAUUCGGGUGUUGGGCCUGAGAGAAACAGUGGGGAGAGGGGUAAGAUUUUAGCUUUGCUUUACUCUGAAGGGAGGGCACAAGUGUGAUUUAGGCAGCGCUAAGCACUGACCUUGAAAACCUACUUCUUCAAACACCACCACUUACCUCAGCUCCUGCGAAGUUUCACACGUGGAUGUUUCUCUUUUGGCUUUUCUCUGGCAGAUACUUUGUCAAGGUGGCUUGGGCAUGGACAUUCUGGCUUCUGCUGCCCUUCAUGGCAGUCACCACCUACCAGUUUGCCAAGAGCAAGUUCCUCUACGGUGCCACGAAGAGCAUUUUGAUGGUGCUGCGGCGUCUCAGUGCACUUGCAGUGGGCACUGCCAUCUGGUAUGUCUGCACUGGACUCUUCAUGUACAUUGAGAACCUCACUGGCACGUGCUCUACCUCGGGUAAACUCAGCGAGCCUCGCCAGCUGUAUGCCACCAAGCAGGAGUGCCACCAGAACCACGGCAUCUGGAACGGUUUUGACAUCUCAGGGCACUGUUUUCUGCUCUCGUACUGCGCUCUGAUGAUUAUGGAGGAGGUGGCUGUGCUGGAAGGCUUGUCCAUAGACCAGAACUCUAAGCUGCGUGUUGUGAUCAACGGCCUCUUUGUUUCCUUGUGUUUCCUCACCAUGAUCUGGGUGUUCAUGUUUCUCUGCACUGCCGUCUAUUUCCAUGACUUCAGUCAAAAGCUCCUCGGUGUGCUGAUAGGUCUGUCAGCUUGGUACGGGACAUACAGAUUUUGGUACUUGAAACCCUUUUCUCCUGGACUACCUCUUCCAAAUAUACCUUUGAGUUCAAAGAAAUACAGUUAUAGCAGAUAAAAUAAGUUUUAAAAUGUUUGGAUUUUGCUGUCAGUACUGGAGUAGCUGAAUGUAGGAGUGGUUACUGCAUUUCUGCUGUAAAGAACAAGGUGAUGG